AUAGAGACGGCGUCUAUGCUUUCAGGGGAGCUAGAGAGGCCGCUGGCGGCGGUAGACGGACGCAUGCGCAGUGAUGGCGGCGCCUCUCUGGGUGUACGGCGCGGUGCUCGUUGGCAACGUAGCCGCAUGCGCACUAGCGGCGUGACGCCAGACUCCGGCGCAGGAGGCCCCAUGGCGGAGCCGGAGCCCAGAAGGAAGAUCCCCCUGGUGCCGGAGAACUUGCUGAAGAAGCGGAAGGCGUAUCAGGCCCUCAAGGCCACCCAGGCAAAGCAGGCGCUGCUGGAAAAGAGGAAGCACCAGAAGGGGAAGCAGAUACAGUUCAAACGUAUUGAGACAUUUGUUCGAGAUUCACGGCGCAAACAUAGAGAUGAUGUCCGGCUGAAGCGCAUGGAACAGAAGCCUGGCCAAAUGGUUCUACCUCAGGGCCCCAAGUUGGCCUUUGUUGUACGGAUUGCAGAGAUUAAAGGGGUGAGCCUAAGGGUGCGGAGGGUGAUACAGAUGCUGCGGUUGAGGAAGAUUUUCAGCGGCACAUUCAUUAAACUGACUCCAUCCUCACUGAAGAUGCUGCGCACUGUAGAGCCCUAUGUAGCAUGGGGACAUCCCAAUCUGAAAUCUGUACGAGAGCUCAUCCUGAAACGAGGUCAAGCAAAGAUCAACAAGAAGAGGGUUCCUUUGACAGACAACACUCUGAUAGAGGAGCAUCUAGGAAAGUUUGAUAUUAUUUGCCUGGAAGAUCUUAUUCAUGAAAUUUAUUCAGCUGGGAAGCAUUUCCGAGAAAUCACUAACUUCUUAUGGCCAUUUCAUCUCUCUGUUGCUCGCCAUGCUGCACGUAAUAAAGUGGGUUUCGUCAAGGAGAUAGGUGAACCUGGGUACCGAGGCGAGGGAAUCAACAAGCUCAUACGUCAGCUGAACUAGUCAGGGUCCAUAUAAGGAUUUUAGGUUUUUGUCUCCUGCUCCAAGCUGUACGUUUGUUCUCGCAGACUGUUGGAACUGAGCAAUGUGACAUUACAUCUCCUAUCUGCUAACUUCUUCUGCCUUCAAGGAAAUAUCAUGCAUGAAGGAGAUGGAUUUAGUACUGUUCCUUCUCCAGGAAGAAGUCAAAUUGCUAUCAAAUGUGAGCAAAAAGUGACUUGAACUUGCGGGGAGCAGAGCUUCCCUGUACAUCUGAUGAAACGCAUCACUAAAACAAAUUUUUACUAUUGUUGGUUUUAUACCAUCUUUCUUUUGAAGGAUCUGUCCUUUGGAAUGAACUUGUACCUGCAAACAAGGGGUUUGGAAGAUGGGGGUUCCUUUGCCAUUAUUUAAUCCUUCAUUGCAGCUGACUUGUGCCUAAGGAUCUUGUGAUUCAGCCCUCCCAAACUGAAUCAGUUUGUCUCUAGUGAUGCUGCACUUUCCUCCAGCUACCAAUUUCCCUUAGUAUCACAAUCGCCUGGUAAGAAGUUUAUCCUUCCGGAUGCACAGUUAAGGCUGAGAAGUGUAUUGUAAAUACAUCCCUCAGUCGCUGUUGCUGAGCAAGCUGCUAGCAGUAAAACUAAUAGAGGUUCUAUAAUUUCUGAAAUAACCAGACCAUGUUUAGCCCACUGCAAAAGUGGUGAUCUGCUGCUGCUUGAUCACAUGAUGCCUUUUAGAUUCUCCUAAAUCAGACUUUACAGGGACUCACCAUUUCCAGGAAAGGAAAUCUUAUUUGACCUUUUACCUCAUUGAUUAAAACUGUAAAGAAGUCCUUUCUUACUCAGUGAUUUUCAAAUAAAUUAUCAAACUCCGCUGUAAUUUGAGGUUACUAUAUGUUUAAUAAAUCAACAAGCAGGAGAGAGGAAUUCAGGAGGGCAGUUUUCUUUAGUAAAACUGAGCUUCUGCCUGUACUGAACAUGAGAAUUGAAUAUCCUUAAACCUAACUAGUAGUGGCAGAAGAAAUUGGAAAGCGGUGCUCUGAUUGCAGUAUGAAACUAAGUGGGAUUACACUCCUUGGAGAGGAGUACCUAUGCUGUUUUGCAGUCAUUUGCAAAGGAAGUCUUCUGACCAUGUCUUGCUGCUGCAGUUGCCAUUUGGAAGGGAAGCAAAUGAUGGUGUUAAAGUGUGUGAAAAGAGGAGGGAAGAGACCGCUGCACUUCAGUAAAAAUGACCUUUUCACAUAACUUUGGGAACAAAUAUUAGGGUAUGAAUAGAUUUGUCAUAGGCUGAAAAUGAAGUGAUAUUGGUAGUACAUCUGUUUUCAAUUCCUCUCAAAGUGGAUGUGUUAAUUUUUUCUCCCGCUAAUAGAAAAGAGUUCUUGUGCAGAUCUUAUUGAAGGCUUGUAUUGGGCAGUAAGUAAUUCAACUCUUGGGUUUGACUUAAGUCUUGCAAGAUCUUAGGGAACAGCAUUGGUCAGUGUAUGCUAGACUCAGUAAGGAGAAUUGUAUUUUCUCCCAUCUGACUUACUUUGUAGUCUUGGGUAAUUUGGUUCCUCUCUGUGCCUCAGUUUCCCAAUAUGUAAAAUGAGAACAAUUAUAUUUGAAAUAUAUGGAUAAAAACACUGGAGUAUUGCUAUGGCUGCAUAAGAACAAGUGAAGAAAUUUGACCUUUUUUUUAUGGUAUGCCUUACUCCUAUAAUGCAGAUUUCCUCUACUUGAAGUGUUAAAGGUGACCUGUAAAGCUUUUGAAUUUUUCUAUUACUGUCAUAUAGCAUGUAACUUUUUUAAAGACAAAAACUUUUGUUUUAUUUCUUCUUCCACACGUGACAUAGGCCUUAGCCACUUGUAAUUUCAUUUUCUGUUAAAUAGUUCCAUCAGAAACCUCAUGGAUGUGUUAAAUUAGUAAGCUAUAAUGUUAACUGCUCUAAACAUGUCCACAUGGGGAAUUUGCAUGAGUUUAACUUAAAUUAGUUCUUAAACUGAUGCAAAUUCCUGGGUGGAUGUGCUUUCACAUUGAGUGGUUUAUCAGUUUAGGAUAAAACAAAAUAAACCUGGUUUAAAUCAGUGUCCAUGCAUCCUUUUUACACUGAUUUAUCUACAUUGAUUUAAAAUUAUAUCAGUUAAAGCCCUUAGUCUGAGGCUUUUUGCCUCCUACCCUUGGGUCGAAGGCAGUAAUGUAUUAAAGAGUGAGACAGGGCAAUGGUGUUUGCAUCUGAUUAUUAUGCAGACAGCAGUGAUGAAAGCAGGGAGCUGAGCCUAAGAAACUCUGUCUUGGGAUUCCGUAGGGCAAGUAUUGAAGCUCCUUUAUUUUUAAAUCAUGAAAGCAGGGUGUUUGAUAAAAAUCAAACAGAAGUGGAUCUUCCUAGACCAUGGAUAUUGUAAACUAAAGUGAACAAAUGCAGAAAAGCUUUGCAAAUCACCUUUAAGAGGUUAUCUGGAUUUUCCUUGGACUAAAAAGUUUUCAGUAAAAUUCUUAGUCUAGAGGAAUGCAUAUUUAUACCACACAUGUAGAGAACUCCAACAGAGAAACCAAGCAAGAAUCUGAUUUUUUAGAUCAUAUGUAAUUAACAAAAUAUCUAACCCAGCAUUCAGAUUUUACUCUGUAUUUCAAUACAUCUUGAUCCUCCAUAUUCUCAGCCACAGGUCAAUCAAUGGGACUCUGAUUCAACCAGUGGGUCACUGCAGGCAUAAAUUCUCACUCUGGCUAAUUUACUAGCAGAACAAUAUCAUUUACAUCUAUGUAUUUUUGAACAUUGAAACAUGGCAGGAUUUAUCAUGACUCAGUCACUUAUAUGAAGGAGAAAGAACUAUUGUGAAAAGGAACUGCCACAGCAUCUAAAAAAAGCAGAGAGUAAUUGUCAGCUGAGACAAGCUGAGUAAAUUGAGUUUGGGUGUGCAUGUGUGGGCCCUUAUUUUUUGUCUCAAGUGAUAGAGCUUCUUUGUUUACAAACUGGGGGUUCCAGGUUUGAAUCUUCCUGCAGUUACAGGGCACAGGAGAUGCACUCCCCAAGCAUGACCAGCAGCUGCCAGAACCAACAUGGAUUAGGCUCCAUCCACAUGAUACCUGGCUCUGGUCCCAGGCUCACCCUCCAUACCUCCCCAUCCAGGGCUUAAUUUUUCCUGGGGCUUUUCACAGCAGCAGACUUACUAGCUAGCAAGUUCUUUUUUUUUUUUUUUUAAAGCAACCAAAAAAGCAAAACAAACAAAUACAAGAACAUGCAAAAUACCUUUUGUGUUUCUAUUCUGUUUGGUCCAGGAAAGAAUAGAGACCAUUGUAUAUUUAUUAGUCUGAAAGCCCCCACAUAAAUAAAUUACAAUGAUUUGGACA